AUGACCAUCAAUACCUAUAAUGAGACUUACGAUCUCAGCCUUAAGCUUCCUCCUUGUCAUAAUCUUCCUCAUCCUCGUCUAACCUCUUACCCAUACUUGCAAGCUGCAUUGGAUCAAUAUUCCUCUGGUUUCAUUUCACGCGAGGUUGUGGCUUCCAACGGCUUUAUCUCCAUGUCGACCGACUUGGUGGUGCUAACAAUACGGUUGGCUCUAUUUCCAUCUCGCGGUGAAGAAGCUCUCUUUCUCCUGUUGGCUCUGAAUUUCUUCUCGAGCAAAGAACAAAUGGGGGAGAUUAGUUAA